CUUCGCCCUCAUCCCGCUUACAUUCCUUCCUUACCACGGAAAUCGCAAAACCAUCAUUCACCAGCAGGCAAAAUGACAGAAACAACAUCCAUCAAAGGCGUGUCCAAACAGCAAAUCCUCUCACUCGACUUCCACCUCUCCGCCCGGCGCCAAGGCACUGUAAGCAUCACAGUAGAACCCGACAGCAACCCACUCGACUACGGCAAAGACCUGCUCCUCCCGACUCUCCUCCCAGACACGCCACUCGAGACAGCACUCAAACGCACCCUCGACUUCCCCGUCAUCACAGCCAGAGUGCACUCCACCGGCGCCCGCGGCUACGGCGCCUACUACGGCUGGAUCCAACUAACGCGCAGCGGCGAACCCAGCCUCACAGCCGCCCACGCCUGGGAAAUGGAUCCCGUCCCCAUCACCAAAGAUCUCAAUACGCCGUUCGUCUGGUUCGGUCCAGAGCCGAUGCUCUUCGACGGCCCUUUCCGCCCGCGCGACACGGAUGUGGAGUGGAGUGCGCACAGCUUUUUGGCGGAGGUGGGGGACUCGUGUCUUUCGAGGGAUGUGCGGCCGAUUUUGGGGUUUGAGUGGGGGUUUUGGAUCCGGGAGGGGAGGGUGCUUGUGAAGGAGUUGAAGCGGUUGGAUUUGGAGGCUUGGGAUGGGCAUUUGGCGUUGUUUCGUGGGAAGUUUGAGGGGUGGAAGUUUAGGGGGGCGGAGGGGAGGUGAUGCCAUUUGUACUACAGGUGCAUGAUUGAAGGGUAUGGCAUGACCUAAAGACUUAAAUUUGAAAUGGACAUUCGAUCGGCACAAGGCUACGAAGAGUGCAAUCGAAGAAAGUGAGUGACGUGGUUGAUUGCUGGCAAGGCUGCAGGGCUGGCGAUGGAGCUGCGGGCCGAAAGUCAAUCGCGUGGUGAGAUCAUGCAUUUGAAGAAACAUCCAUCUUUUUA